GUGAGUUUGGAUCAGACAUGGACUUAUCCUCUGGCUCGGAGGAUGAGGUUUAUGGUGGGCGGUACUCUGUUCUGUCAUCUCCCCAGGACGACGAAAAGCAAGUGAAUUCUGGCGAUGAUAAGAUUCAAUUGAAACGAGGACAUGGAAACCCAGUCGAGCUGCCUGGUUAUACAGAAGAAUUCUUGGAUUCAGCCACUAGCACAGAAGUUUCAUUCACGCAAUCCAGAAGCAAUACAUGCACUUUGGAUGGUUGUUCACCUAGUGUUACUUUGAGGGCAAAUGUGGAAAUAACAGCCAAGCAGGAUUCUUAUGGAAGUGGACUCCUGAAUAAGAAGCUCUCUAAUAAUAAUAUCCCCAGUGCACCUCCAUUUGUUGGUUCUGAAACUGAAGUCGACCAAAUUUUAACUCGUAAAGCACAUGGGACAUCUUGCCUUGCAAAUCCAAGUGGUUCUGCCACCACAAAAGAAUCAAGAAGCACUACAAGCAGUGGAAUUUAUAACCAAUCAGCUAGGAGCGCUUCUGUUUUUGAAGCUCAUGCAUCUCCAAUUCCUUCACCUGCUCGCCUCCCAACAUUUCAUGCAAGUGGGCAAGGUAUAUGGAGUGCUGUAGUUUCUUAUGAUGCAUGUUGUCGACUCUGCCUCCACUCAUGGGCUCGGGGCCAUUGCAUGGAAGCUCCCUAUUUCUUGAAUGAUGAAUGUGUAGUAUUGCGAGAGGCAUUUGGAUUGAGGCAAGUAUUAUUACAAUCAGAAGAAGAACUACUGGCAAGACGAUCUCCAGAGCUAGUCAGUGAGGUAGCUGCUCCAAAAUCUAGGAAAACUUUGGGCAAAAUGAAAAUGCAGCUUGAAGUGUGUAAAUUGAAAAUGGAAUCGUUUCAUUCACAUUCACAUUUGUCCAAAUUUAAAUCCAAGCUGUUUUCUGAAUGGGAAGCUUUCCAUAAAGUUCGAGUAGCAACUCGUACUCUUGCAAAAGGUUCAAGCGGUCAGUUUAUGAAAAAAGUUUCUGGUCUCCUAAAAUUCGACAACAGUUCUACACAUGAUGUAGUGCCAGAAAGAUACUCUUGCUUGUUGAGAUUGAAAAGUUCAUUUGAGGAGGAUGCUGUCCGCAUGCAACCUGGAUCUAGAGAAACACAUGUGUUCUUUCCAGAUAGUCUUGGUGACGAUCUGAUUAUUGAAGUUCAAGAUUCCAAAGGACAGUACAAGGGUCGUGUCCUUGCUCAAGUGGCCUCAAUUGCUGAUGACCCAGGCAACAAGCUUCGAUGGUGGCCUAUAUAUCAUGAGCCAGAACAUGAAGUGGUCGGUAGAGUACAACUAUCCAUAAGCUAUUCAACUACUCCGGUUGAGAAUAAUCAUCUAAAGUGUAGUUCCAUUGCAGAAACUGUGGCAUAUGACUUCGUGUUAGAAGUUGCCAUGAAAGUCCAACAUAUUAAGCAAAGAAAUUUGUUGCUACACAGCCAAUGGAAGUGGUUAGUAACUACAUUUGCAUCACUUUAUGGAGUAUCAGAUGCAUACACCAAAUUAAGAUACCUUACCCACGUCAUGGAUGUGGCUACACCCACUGAUGACUGUCUUGCCCUGGUACAUGAUUUGCUAUUGCCUGUAAUAAUGAAAAGCAAAAGCAAAGGCAAAAGUGAUUUGAGUCAUCAAGAGAAUCGUAUGCUAGGGGUGAUUGAGGAUAAAGUUCAGCAGAUCAUUACAUUGGUUUUUGAGAACUACAAGUCGCUAGAUGAAUCUUUACCAUCAGGAAUGACGGACGUUUUGAAGCCUGCCACUGAGAUGGUAGCUCCUGUUUUGGUGUCUGCCCUGAAGUUAUUCAGCCUUUUGCAUGAUAUUUUAAGUCCUGAGGCACAAUUGAAAUUAUGCAGAUAUUUUCAGGCUGCUUCAAAAAAGAGGGCAAGAUGGCACUUAAUAGAAACAAAUGAGCUUAUCUUGAGUAGUGACAAGAGCACAUUGAUGGAUCCUGUGACUGUUUCAACUUAUUAUCACAAGAUGAAAUCUCUUAUUUGUAAUAUCAGAAAUGAAAUUUUUGCGGACAUUGAAAUCCAUAAUCAGCAUGUGCUUCCGAGUUUUAUAGACCUUCCAAAUAUUUCGUCAGCCAUUUAUUGUGGGGAGCUCUGCCGUAGAUUGCGUGCUUUCCUUGUUGCAUAUCCUCCUCCUAGCCUUUCACCUCCGGUUGCCGAACUUGUUAUUGCCACAGCAGACUUCCAGAGGGAUCUUGCUUGUUGGAACACCAAUCCUGCCAAAGGUGGGGUUGAUGCAAAAGAGCUGUUCCAGGAAUACAUAAACAUUUGGAUUCAAGAAAUGCGUCUCACUUUGCUUGGGUUGUGCAAAUUAGACAAGGCAAACUGGUCAGGUGUCAGAAACCAACACUCAACAAAUGCUUUUGUUGAAGAUAUGUAUGAUCGGCUGAAGGAGAUGAUGGAUGAAUAUGAAGUCAUCAUUUUUCGCUGGCCAGAAUAUAUACAUCAUUUGGAGAAGGCUAUAGCAGAUAUUGAAAAGGCAAUUGUCGAAGGCUUGGAUAGGCAAUAUGCUGAUGUUUUAACACCAUUGAAGGACAAUCUGACAUCCAAAAUAUAUGGCCUCAAAUAUGUCCAGAAAAUUGCCAAACGAAGUGACACCUAUGUGAUCCCAGAUGAGUUGGGAAAUAUUUUAAAUUCCAUGAGAAGGAUGCUGGAGAUAUUGAGGCCGGAAAUAGAAACAAAGUUGAAUUCGUGGAGUUCUUGCAUCCCUAAUUUCAGAGAUACCACUGGAGAAGAUUGUUUGAGUGAAGUAACUGUGAUGCUUAGAGCCAAAUUUAGAAGUUACCUGCAUGCAAUUGUGGAGAAACUUGCAAAGAAUAUGAGAUUACAGCGCGAAACAAAAUUGAAGCAUAUUAUUCAAGCUUUAAGCGAAAAUGUUGAAGAAUCAGAUGUAAAAAGUAGAAUGCAGCCUUUGGAGGAUAUGCUAAUAUGGACAAUGGAUCACCUCCAUACCAUCGUUGAACCUCAUGUAUUGAUAGCAAUAUGCCGAGGUUUCUGGGACCGGAUGGGACAAGACAUAUUACAUUCUAUAGAAAACAGGAGAGAGAGCAAGUCAUAUAAAGGCUUGAGAUUCUCAGUUUCUAUUUUGGAUGGUGUAUUUGUAAGGGAGAUGCAGAAAUUGCUUGGGAAUGCGCUGCAAGAGAAAGAUUUGGAACCGCCACCAAAUGUUAGGGAAGUGCACUCAUUGCUCUAUAAGAAUGCAUGAUGCAUCUAACAACAGGGACUGCUACUAUUAAUUCUAUCUUUCUGUAAAUACAAAAUCCAUGAGGGUGCUCAGUUUUGAUUCUAUACAGUGGAGAAUGGAUGAAAAAAGAUUCAUAGAAGAAAACAUAGUUAGAGAGAAGCCUGCACAGCAGACUCUCUGGACAUGUUUUGGCAAUUUUGAAUUACUUCUCUCAUUUUUUUUCACAGGUUAACCACCAUGGCCUCUAUGG